GAACGCGUUUCGGUUGAGAGACAUGUUCCCUCGUAGGCCGAAGUAUAUUCGGCAGUCGGCACUGUCAGUUGUCACAUUUUCGAAUAGUCCAUAGAGCGGUUCGCACGUGUCCGUCGCGCUGCGCUUUUCAGUGUUACGGUUCGUCGUGUUUACCGUUUUACGUUAUACGCGUUAUCGGGUCUUACUAUUUUAUGUGCUGUGCGUCAAUUUUUCGGAACUUCGACUCACCCUAAUUAUUAUUUUGCUCCUGUGCAUUCACAUUGAUGGCUGUUUCUUGGUUUAACAGUCUAAAGUUAAAACCAGGUUAAGACAUGUACGCCUGUACCGCGUUAAAUACGUUGCUCGUCCACCAACGCAAAAAACUGAUAAAAAUGAAUAAUUCAUUCAAAAAACUUCCAAUUUGCAAGAAUCAUUGUUCUAAGUCCAAAAACAGUAUAAUCGACCAGCCCAAACCGCAAAAACACAGCAGGUUUCAAACCACUCUGCCGAAAAAUGAUUAUUGUGAAUUUGAGUACAAUGAUAUAGUCGAUUAUGGCACUGACAGACGUAAUUAUAUCACCAACGACGACUGUGUUCCAGGGUACUGGAAAAAUAGUAUGCCAAAGUUUGUGAAAAAGUCAACAGUGAAAAUCCAUAAUAAAUGGAAUAAAGCAAGUAAUAAAAAGUUUGCAGACGAUCUUAUAACAGACAACGGUUUUAACUGGGAUACCGACAAUAGAAAAAGAAAAUAUGAUACCACAAUCAUUCCAUCUUCGAAUAAUAAGGAUUCAGAUAUGUCUGAUGACAAUAUGCAAAAAACCAAAAGGACUCGGAUGACUGUUCCUCAAAAAUUAUCAAUGGGGUUGAACAUUAACCAACCGCUUAAAUAUUGUCCUUUCUGUUCUUAUAUAACGUCCGCAUAUCUCGAUAGACAUAUUAUAACAAUACAUGAAAAUGUUAUGAAUACACCAAUCAAAGAAAACGUAAAACAAAUGUUGUCGACUAAAUCAAAGAGCUAUAAGUUAAUCCCUCUCCACACAGUUCGUGAUAUAGUGGGCCGUAAGCUGUGGCGGGACCAGAAGAUUAGGAAAGUACUGUACAAUCUCUUUAAAACAACUCAAGUGGAGCUAUGGCUAGGAAGUUGGGAACUACCUAAUGUGCCAUUUGUUGAUCAUGUGACACCAUAUGUCAAAGCUUCGUAUAUGAAUGAUUGGUAUGAGCAGGAGGAGGCAGAAGAGGUAGAUACGCCUUGUCCAUCUCCUUUACCAGUCAUAACUUCAAUCUACACCGAAGGUGGUGAACAACAUUUUAACAACAGUGAACACAAUUUUACAGAAAGUGUUCAAAGUUUUAACGAUAGUGUACAAGGUAUUAACGACAGUGAACAAAGUUUAAACAGCAGUGUACAAAAUGUUAAAAACAAUGAACAAAUUUUAAAUGACAGUGUCAAUAAUAUUUCGGAAACCAUUCUGAACAUACCUAAAUACUCUCAAAAAACGACUUCCCAACUAAAGAAAGCAGGUCUGCUGAAAUUCCUGGCUACGGAUCAUCCUCUAAUUUCACUUUGUCGUAAACAUUUGAAGAUGACAUGCCCUGAGAAGUUAAAGAUUAAUCGUAUCAUCUCAAAAUAUUUAGAUUCUGUUGGCACAGUGCUCCGUUAUGUACAAGAUAGUUGCUAUCAAAAUAACUACAAAGUACACCAUUGGCUAGUGCUAUUACAGCAGCCGGAUUUCAUUAUUGAGUACCUUAAAGCCUGCGAAACUUAUAGUCAGGAUAAGGAAACAACCGCAUCACAUAUUAAAACAUUAAUACCUCUGUUUUCUUGGGCCAUGACAAUAUUUCCACAUCAAGAUCCUAAGUUUCCUAUGGUUGACGGGGCUCCGGACUCUGAAGAGAUCGAUGGAAUCUGGUGUACAGCAAAUCAACUUAUAAACACAUUUUCUGAUUACUUUUAAAAAUAAAUUAUUUUGUUUCAAUUUAAAUAAAAAUAAAUUACUAAAAAAAAGUUAUAGUUCUACACCAUAAUAUGUUAUUGCUGCAUUAAGAAAAAAUAAAUUAAUUAAUAUAAACAAUUAAC